CUUUUGUUUCGGAGGUGAAACUGUACGGUCCCGAAAACGGAUUAUUUUUUGUUUUAUGUGGUGCUCCCCUCAUGCAUUUCCGCUGCAGUUUGCGUGUGGCGGGUCACUUUGGGGACGGUAUCCAAAGAGUUUGGUUUUAAAAGUUGUUUGGCAGUCAUUGGAUUUUAGCUAGCCAAACAGCGGGCGGAAGGGACCUGGCCGAAAGAAAGUGGGACAGUUUGUCUGCGAUUGUUGGUAAUCCCAAUGGAGUCUUUCCAAAAGGUGGAAAAGAUUGGGGAGGGCACGUACGGGGUCGUGUACAAGGCAAAAAAUAAAGUCACGGGAGAAACGGUUGCGCUCAAGAAAAUCAGACUGGACACGGAAACUGAAGGGGUCCCCAGCACAGCCAUCCGAGAGAUCUCCUUGCUGAAGGAACUCAGUCAUCCCAACAUUGUCAAACUGCGAGAUGUCAUUCACACAGAAAACAAGCUUUACCUGGUAUUUGAGUUCCUUCACCAGGAUCUCAAGAAGUUCAUGGACUCCUCCUCAGUCACUGGAAUCUCCCUGCCUCUGGUCAAGAGUUAUCUAUUCCAGCUGCUCCAGGGCCUGGCCUUUUGCCACUCCCACAGGGUGCUCCACCGGGACCUGAAGCCCCAAAACCUGCUCAUCAAUGCACAGGGCGAGAUAAAGCUGGCUGACUUUGGGCUGGCCAGGGCAUUCGGGGUGCCUGUUCGCACCUACACCCAUGAGGUGGUAACUCUGUGGUACAGAGCUCCUGAAAUCCUUCUUGGCUGCAAGUACUACUCCACAGCUGUGGACAUCUGGAGCUUGGGGUGCAUCUUUGCUGAAAUGAUUACCCGACGUGCUCUGUUCCCUGGGGACUCGGAGAUUGAUCAGCUCUUCCGGAUCUUCCGCACGCUGGGGACGCCAGAUGAGGCGGUGUGGCCUGGCGUCACCUCCAUGCCAGACUACAAGCCUUCCUUCCCUAAGUGGGCACGGCAGGAGCUGACAAAGGUGGUGCCCCCUCUGGACGAGGAUGGACGAGACCUCCUAUCACAAAUGCUGAGCUAUGACCCCAACAAGAGGAUCUCAGCCAAAAACGCCCUAGUCCACAGGUUCUUCCGCGAUGUCACCAUGCCUGUCCCACACCUGAGGCUCUAAGGGACUGGGGGGAGACUUGCACUGACGGACAGGUGGACGUGGCAGUGUUUGUAACGCAGGGAUCCCGUAGGACCUCACCUGUUCUCAAAGGUUCCUAUUAAUAAAAUGGUCCAAUUUCCGUGAGCCUACCUCUUUGGAGUCUGGCAGACCACGUUUGGUGCCUUCUCAUAAAUGCCUCUACUGACAGCUAGAUGGAAUCCUUUUGUAUUGCCAGUUUUGUAUACAAUGUGUCUGUCAUUCUUUAAGAUUUGUUAGAUAGAAUGCAAAAGUAUGCUUACUUAUGUCAAACGUUCCAACAUUCCACUGUUUACCUUUUAUACAGUCCAUAGUAAAUAUUUUGGAGGGAAGGAUUUUUUGUGGGUGGUGGAAGUCAGUGUUGGAGGACAGCAGCACCUUUUCUGGAAAUGUUAAUUUGUUAAAAAAAAGUGUAUUCAGUUAUUUGGUGGACCAAACUGCAGUUGAAAUGAUGAGAACUGAAUGUGCUCCACAUCCUUUGGGGUUGCCUUGGCAUGAAGGUCCCCAGUCGGUGCCUUUCCAGUUAGACCCAGGGCAUUUACAGCCUUUCUUAGACACAGCAUCUAUAUCCAUUUGAGGCACCAGUUGAAAUAAAAUUUUAUUUAUUUUUGUUUUCUUUUGUGUUGUAAU